CCGUAAAGUCCAACUUCCCCCCUUGAGGGGUAAAAACGGAAAGAAAGAGCGAGGGAGUCGCGGGAUGCGGAAGUGGCAGCGGCGGCGGUGAGGGAGCAGAGCAGGAAGCAUGGUGUUCGGCCGGAGCAAGUCGUCGUCGUCUUCAACGGCGUCGCCGGCGUCCGCCCCCUCCGCGGCGGCGGCGGCGUGCUCGGAGCUGCGCGCGGCGUACCAUGAGUGCUUCAACCGGUGGUACGCGGAGAAGUUCGCCAAGGGGCAGUGGCAGAGGGACGACUGCGCCGCCCACUGGCACAAGUACCGCGUCUGCCUCGAGGAACAUCUGGAAGACAAGCAUCUGAGGCAAAUCCUACUAGACGCAGAAACUUCGCCUGAUGCUGAUUCUCCCUCUGGACAAGGUGCUACAAAGUGACAGUCUAGCGCUAACCACAUGUCAUGUUUCAAUUUCACCCAAUCAGAAUAUGGAGAACCUUGGUAGAUGAAGCAGAAAGCCCUUGUAUUUUGACACUUGUUAUGCCCCUGGAUCAUAUAGCACUUCAGCAGUUGAGCUGACAUCUGCAAAGUUUUCCAGGAUCAGAAUGUUCCCUACUUACCGAGCUACAUGUGCCUUCGUAUACCUGAGCAGUUCUUGUUAUGAAAUUGAGAAAUAGAAUCAGCUUUGUAACUGUCCAGCUUCCAGAACACUAUGUUUCAUGCAUGAUGCCUUUGAGUUUGAGGAAAGUUUUUUGAGUUUCAUAGACUGUCACCUUCUAACCAGUGUUACCGGGACACGA